AUGGUGGAUUUUGCCGGCGACGACGACGACUUCGGCGACCUAUAUGCAGAUGUUGAACUUCAAGCAGCUUCCGCCAUCAACUCCAGAACUAGCUCCGCCAAAUUCCACUUCCCGUUGGAGCAACAAUCCCUAAUCCAGCAAUAUGAUAAGGCCAAUAACAGCAAAGCUGACAAUGCGAGACCCAUUUCAGAAGGGGAAAACGUCUCCUCCUGUCCCAAUCCGUCGAAAUUGCAGAAUGAGUCGGUAACUGUUCCAUCCCAUUCUUUUAAAUCAAUGAGGAGGGAUUCAGAGGACAGCGAGUUUUUACAAGGCAAUGUGGCAAAAGUUAACAAAGUUUCUAAUGUUUAUGCUGCUGCCAACUCAGUUGUAUCCCAUGCUGGACAUGGUUUCCCACUUCCAGUGUAUAGGACGAUUUAUGAUGUAAAUACUGACACGUUUGGAGGGAAAAGAUGGGGGUAUCAGGGAGCUAAUAGGUCUUUUUUACCCAAUUAUGGUUUCAAUGAAGACAGUUGGAGACAAUACUGUAUGACUGUGCCAAAAGGCCGAGCAAUUGAGGUGGAAGAUAGUGGCGGUGAACGUUUUCCCACCAUGAAUCAGAAGUGCCCAGACAAUUGGGAUUCUGAUGUGGUUAUUGAGAUCAAGGUGCAGGAUUUUGAUGAGAAUUCAAAUGUCUUUAGCAAAAGGGAUUUAAGCGGGAAAAGUAGUGGAGAUAACGUGUCAAAAAGCUGCGUGAAGAGUGCUGAUGUUGUAGCGGAGGCCAGUCAUUCGGGUGCGGCCAGUGUAGAUCGUGUGUCUUUGGGUUCUCCAGAAGGAACUAGGUCAUCCCAGUCAUUGUUCGAAACGAGGGAAUCGUCCCAGCAUCCUGAUAACUGUGAAAGAGACCAUAUCCCUGAUUCUGAUGAGCAUCACCCUCGUAGAACUCGAGUGAAAACAGAAGAGCUUGCUGAAGCCAUUGAAAGUGAAAGAGAUUCAAAGGAUGGGUCGGUAAGGAGGUCGAGCAAGUCAGAUCAACAUCAGAGUGAUAGCGACUCAUUGAUCGAUGACAAAAGUCGCUUUAGCCUGACGUUAUCUUGCUCUGAAAGUGAUUCUGAACCUUCUGCAGAUAGUUGUCGUGGUGUAUCUAGGUGUUCAUCUUUGGGAACCGAGUUACAUGAUACAGUUUCAUCUGUCCACUGUAAAAGUAAUGACUCAGAACAAGCAGAUAGUGACCAAAGACGCAUGGCAGAUGACAGCCUCUUAAAUGGUAGACGGAGGUGUGAAAACAAAGGAGGCCAAAGUGUCAAAAGUGAGCAUGAUUUGGAUCUCCCCAAAAGGAACGAUUCCUCCUACUUUAGAUCCAGAGAAUAUUUUUCUGGAGAUGGUGGUCAAAGGUGGGGUGCUAGUUAUGUUGAAACUGAUCAUAGAAAACAUCCUCUGAAGAAGUGUCAUAAGAACCUUGAAGGUGAGGCCUAUACCUGGGACAGAGGAAAUCAAAGUGCUCGGCUCCGUGAUAGAAGGAUUAAUGAGAUGUUACAACUGAAACAUAGAUACAAUUCACUGGAUGAGGAAUAUGGAAGUCGCAGUCCAUUUUCAGGGAGAGGAAUCAAUGCUUGUGAAAGAGGGCUUGGACAUAGUGAAAAGGGUAGACUGAAUUUGGAUCAUCUAUGGCAUGAAGAAGAAGAAAUGGAUAGAGAGUAUUGGAAAGCCCAUCACCAGGACAAGAGUAAUUAUAAUCAGGACCCAAGCUUCAGGUCAGGAUCUUAUACAUCCAAUCAAAGUAGAUGGCAGAAUGGUAAUAUUUCUAGAAGAUAUAAUCAGUAUGGGUCAAGUGUGAUGAGUAAGUAUUCUAGGCCGAGGGAGGAACUUUAUGAUUCUGGUACUUAUGGUGGCUGCUUUGGCAGUGAAGUCAAGUUUGACAGUGGUUUUGAUGAUCAACAUCAACUUGCAAAGACAAGAUAUGUUUGGAGAUCCAGAAUUCGCCAAGGAGAAGAAUCCAAGUCAAGUCACAGAGGUUUCCAAUCCUACCCUGAUAGAUUUUCUUGUUAUGGGGAAGCUCUUGGACAUGAAAAUAUAAGUGGGUAUGGGAUAUUAAGAGAAAGACAUUCAGAAAACUUAAUCAAAAGCAAUCUCAUGUACAAAUGUGAGCGUGAGAAGAUGGUUAUGACGUGCGUUAAUGGUCCAGUCGGCUUUGUUUCCCAGAGAGUGAAGCUAUCUGGGAAACAGCAUGCCACAGGGAAGCUAAUGCCCAAGAUUAAGCCAAAGAAGAAAAAUCAGAAGUAUUUGAACGCACCUCUUUCUGGAAAGGCAAACCGAAGGGAACAGAAGCCACAAACUGAAGGCAAUGAUGGUCGGGUUGCAACUACGUUUCAAGGGAAGGGGCAGAAGAACGAAUCAGAUAUCGAAGAGGGCGAGAUUGUAGCUGGAGAACCCAAUACAAAGAAGGUAAAAGCACCUCAAUGUGAGAAGGCUGAUUCUUCUAAUACCGUGACAAACAAGGCAGUGUAUGAUGAACAAUGGAUACUGGAGAGGUUGGCUAAGAUGGAGAAACGAAGGGAGCGUUUCAAGGUGCCUGUUGUUGUUCCAGAGAAGGUAAGUACUACUGAUCUUAAUCCACCUUCUUGCUCUCAACCUCAAGCUGACUCGUCGGUUAGUACAGGCGAGACUAAGCUCGAACGACCAGCCAGGAAGAGGCGCUGGGCUGGGAUUUAA